AUGGUGGCCAUAGACUUCACACGGUCUAACCUUGGUCAGACAAAUCCCAAGUCCAUGCACAGUGUUGUGCACAUGGAGGAGGAGACAGCAUAUGCAACGGCUAUCAGAUCACUUGGCGAGGUUAUGUCUGUCUACGACAAUGACAAGUGUUAUCCUAUCUAUGGCUUUGGGGCCAAGAUACCACCAUCACAUUCCGUGGUGUCCAACUGUUUUGCUUUGACCGGCGAUUUUUUUCAGCCAGAAGUUGAAGGUGUUGAAGGUAUGCUUAAAGCAUACCAUCGCGCCUUGCGAAUUUGCCACUUGCAUGGACCAUCCUACCUAGCCGCAGCUCAGCUGCACUUUCAGACUGGCACUGGCUUUCAACUUCCAAGCCUACCAGACCGCUAUAAUAUGGUAUUUAUUAUAUCAUAG